AUGAAAAAGAAGGAAAACAAGGAUAGAGAUUCCAUUGUGAAACCUGUCUAUGAUGCUUUAGAAGAUGAAUAUAACGAGUGGAUCACUGGCAUUGAGCCAACAGAAGGAGAUUUAGAGCAGGAAGAAAAAACUAGAGGAUUAUCACAAGGAGUUGCAGCUGCACCUCAAGCAGUAGAAAGAACUAAGAGAACCGUAAAGAGCAAGAAGAGAAAGCGGCCGAUCCCUACAUUUGAGCAUGAGGAGUCAUCUCCAUCUUCUGAUGGAGAAGAUGAUAAUGAUAUUGAUAUGCUAUCUGGUUCUGGUUCUGAGGAUGUAGCUGCUGAACCAUACAGUCCUUACUAG